GGAAGUGAAACUUGUGGAAGUUCACCCUGCGGAGCUAAGGACCAAUCUUGCCUUCGCCGUCGCUUUGCAGAUUCAGAGAGUAUCAUAGUAAUAUCUCACAAUUAUGUCUUUGUCAUUCGAGGGAAGAGUUGUGCUCGUUACUGGAGCUGGAGGAGGCCUUGGUAAAGAAUAUGCUCUGGCUUUUGCUGAAAGAGGUGCCUCAGUUGUAGUGAAUGACCUUGGGGUAGACACUAAAGGGGGCGGAAAGAGUUCUGCAGCUGCAGAUAAGGUGGUGGAGGAGAUAAGAGCGAAAGGAGGCAAGGCUGUAGCCAACUAUGAUUCUGUUGAAGAUGGAGAAAAGCUCAUCCAGACGGCACUUGAUGAAUUUGGGAGAAUAGAUAUUGUUAUAAACAAUGCCGGGAUACUUCGUGAUAGAUCAUUUGCCAGGACGAGUGACAUGGACUGGGACCUGAUUCACAGGGUUCACUUGAGAGGCUCCUUCUUGGUGACCAGAGCUGCCUGGAACCACAUGAAAAAACAGAAGUUUGGCAGAAUCAUCAUGACGGCUUCAGCUGCAGGCAUCUAUGGUAACUUCGGCCAGGCCAACUACAGCGCUGCCAAGCUGGGCAUGCUGGGACUGGCCAACACCUUGGCAAUAGAAGGACGCAAUUACAACAUCUACUGCAACACUAUCGCCCCUGUGGCCGGGUCACGGCUCACAGAAACUGUGAUGCCCCCAGACCUUGUGGCAUCUCUGAAGCCGGAGUAUGUUGCUCCCAUCGUCCUCUGGCUCUGUCAUGAACAAUGCCAAGAAAAUGGAGGACUCUUUGAGGUUGGUGCAGGCUGGAUUGGUAAAUUGCGCUGGGAGCGCUCUCAGGGCUGCAUUGUGCGAAGUAAGAAUGAGCCCAUGUCUCCGGAGGCUGUCAGGGACCAGUGGGAAAAAAUCUGUGAUUUUACAGAUUCCACCAGGCCGUUGAAUAUAGGAGAGUCUCUCCAGUCAAUGGUGAGUGUGCUGUCUCGAGUGGAUGGAGGGGUUGGUGCGAAUCCAACAGCUUCUGCAGCCACUACAUCCUCGGCUUCAGGCAUCAACCCUGCUGAAGCAGUGGGACAGAAACUUCCACCGACCACCUUCAGCUUCAACCAUACCCAGUCCAUCCUGUACGCACUGGGGGUCGGUAUGUCCACCAAGGACUCGGACCAUCUUAGGUUUCUGUAUGAAGGUCAUCCAGACUUCAGCUGCCUCCCCACCUUCGGGGUCAUCCCUUCCCAGGCUGCCAUGAUGGACGGUGGGCUCGGCUCCGUCCCUGGACUCAACAUAGACUUUACACAGGUGUUGCAUGGAGAGCAGUAUCUGGAGCUUUACAAACCUCUGCCCACCUCAGGUGAACUUACGUCUGAGGCGACCGUAGCAGACGUGUUGGACAAAGGAUCUGGAGCUGUGAUUCUUUUGGAUGUGAACACCUACAGCGGGAAAGAGCUCGUCUGCUACAACCAGUGGUCGGUGUUUGUGGUCGGAGCCGGAGGCUUCGGAGGGAAGAGAAACUCCGACAAAGCCAAACCUCUUUUGCCUCCACCUAAACGGGCUCCAGAUGCUGUGAUGAUUGAUUCGACCACAAGAGACCAAGCAGCCUUGUAUCGUCUGAGCGGAGACUGGAACCCUCUUCAUAUAGACCCCAGCUUUGCCGCCAUGGGAGGGUUCAAAGCUCCCAUCCUGCACGGCCUGUGCUCCUUUGGCUUCGCUGCCAGACACGUCCUCAAGCAGUACGCCGACAACGACCCGUCCAGGUUUAAGGCCAUCAAGGUUCGCUUCGUGAAGCCGGUGAUGCCGGGUCAGUCGCUCCAGACCGAGAUGUGGAAGGAGGGCAACAGGAUUCACAUCCAGUGCAAAGUGAAGGAGACAGACGCUGUUGUGCUGUCGGGGGCCUACGUGGAUUUACAAGGAGCGUCAGAGGCAUCGCCAGAAAAUCUGACUCAAGGCGGCGGACUUCAGAGUGAGCUGGUGUUCGCAGAGAUCGGCCGUCGCAUCAAAGACGUGGGCUCAGAGCUGGUCAAGAAGGUCAACGCGGUGUUCGGCUGGGAGAUCACUAAAGAUGGACAGAAUGUCGCUCAGUGGACCAUUGAUCUGAAAAACGGUUGCGGCGCUUUGCAUAAAGGGCCCUACAGUGGAAAGGCGGACGUGACCUUCACAGUGUCAGAUGACGACUUCAUGGAGGUGGUUCAGGGGAAGCUCAACCCUCAGAAGGCGUUCUUCUCUGGCAAAUUGAAGAUUCGAGGGAACAUCAUGCUGAGCCAGAAGCUGGAGGUCAUCCUGAAGGAUUACGCCAAGCUGUGAGCUCCUCAACCCACUCGUCUGACUGUGACUUCAGAAACUAACCAACCAGCCUACAGCUCCGUGCACUUUGUCUGUUGAAACGUAUAAAAAAAUUACCCACAAAGACCCAAACCACUGUAGGAGGAAUUCAGUCAAUGUAUUAAAAACAUAUCGUCUCAAUACCUUUUCCAUUAUUCUCUUACAUAGAUGUGUUAGUAAAAACAGCUGUUAAAAUCAUGUCUUCAGAGGAAGCAGUAACUAGUUAACCCAGCUGGAGCUUUGGUUCCGUCCUUUAUAAAUGUGGACUUAACCCACCUGCCUUAAACGGUUGAUUUGUCUUUUCCACUGAGGCGCCUCCGGGGCCUUUACAGCCAAAACACUAGAUCUCGGUCAAGAAAACUUACGAGUUCAUGUCAAAGACCAAACUAGACCAACUAAACUUUGUGCUUCUUUAACAAACUAAAAACUCAGAGAAGCAAAACUUGGAGAAUUGGAGGCACAAAUAGAUGUAGACUGAUCAGCCGUAACAUUCUGACACUGACACAGUGGUGUUAAUGUUGAUGGUAAUAUAGAAUAGAAUCUGUAUUUUGUCAGUAGUAGUUUCUGUCACACACACAAACAUGCACCACACACUGAAAUGUGUCUUCUGCCUUUAACCCAUCACUAUAACAUGCAUCACACACACUGCAUUCUGGGAGCAGUGGGCUUGUCAUGUCAGGCGCCCAGGGAGCAAAUGGGGGGGGGUGCCUUGCUCAAGGGCACAUCAGCCAACAACUCUGCCAGUCCAGGGAAUCGAACCUGUGACUCUUCAGUCACAAGCCGACUCUCCAGCCAUGUAGACCAUGGCUGCCCCCCCACGAUCUCACUCCAGUGGGGUGUGUCUGUGGGUGGGAGACAUUAGGCAGGAAGUGGACAUGUAGACCUAGAAGUGAAUGUGUUAGAAACAGCAAAAUGGAAAAGAGUCGGAAUCUGAGGGGGGAAUUGUGAUGGUCAGACCAUCUCCAGAUCUUGUUCAUUCCCAAAAGUGGUCCAUAUCUACCAAAACUAUCUAAAGAACAACCAGUCCAUCAUCUAUGGGAGCAGAUUAUUACCACCUGUCUAAUAUUGGGUAGGUUCAUCUUUUUCCACAAAACCAGCUCGGACCUGAGGCCUAAACUCCACCAGACCUCUGAAGGUGUGUGUGAUAUCUGGACCAAGAUGUCAGCAGCAGAUCCCUGAAGUCCUGGAAGUAGAGAGGUAGCCCUCCAUGAAUUAGAUUUAAUUGUCCAGUACCUCCCACAGAUGCUUAAUUAUCCUGAUGUUGGGAUGUCCUUCCUUAGUCCAUGUUUGGUGGGCACUAACCACUGCAGACCACAAACACCCAACAAGACCUGCAGGUGUGGAGAUGCUCUGACCCGAUCAUCACCGUUACAAUAUGGACCUGGUCAAAGUCUGCCCUUAUCUGCUCAGUUCAUACAGCUCACAUCUUUCAGAUCUGAUCCCUCCACAGUCACUACUACCAGGACAGAGCCCUGGGGCACACCUGUCCAUUCAAUAUCCAUUUUCACUGCUUUGCAGAUGACACCCAGCUCUUCCUCUCCAGUAAACUGAACUCCAUGCUUCCCCUGUCCUCCCUCACCUCCUACUUAUCUGAAAUGAAAUCCUGGUUCACCUAAACGGCGACAAAACAGAAAUCCUCCUCACUGGAACCAAAUCCACUUUAUCCAAAGUCGACACUUUCUCUCUCACAGUUGACGGCUUCAGUUCUAUCCAACCCAGUGAAAGGUACAACUGUAAUGAAAUAAUGUUAUUACUACUUCUACGGUCACUGGUCAGAAUGUUAUGGCUGAUGAGUUUAUCCUGCAAAGUACUGACCUAUAACUGAACUAGUGGUGGGUUGACGUGUGUGGAAAAGGGUUGUCACACAUCAUAGAGUUGAUUUCACUCACAAAAGUCUGAUGAAAUCAGUUAAAUACUGCUUAGAAAUCCAAACAUUUACUACACAGCCUGUAUUCAGUUGGGUUUAAUCUGAGUGACUUUGAGUUAGUUAAUAACAGUUGUAUUCAUGUUUUUAAUUUAUAAUCCAGUGGUUGAUUAUUUCAAAGACUGAUUUACAUAAAGUCACAAACUGUUUUAUGUACCUGAUACUGUAAUCAUAAGCAAAAAUUGAUGAAAUGUACAGUAAUUUUUGAUAUUAGUGUAAGUUUGCUCUUCUAUAGAAAUAAAGUAAUCAUACUGGAUGUGU